UCCACUUAAGCAACAAAUACUGUCUGAUAUACUUCUUCGCGAAUUAAACAAGUUACCUUAAGCAAAAUUGAAAAGUUUAAAAUUAACAGAAAGCCACUAUUUAUAGUAACUGAAAACGCGGGAAAGAACGGCUUGUGUCGGCUCAUGCGCCCAAAGGUUUAUGUUUGUGCAUGUGCACAGUAGUGUGUGUGUGAGGUCGGUGGAAUCUAACAAGCUGUCUAAUGAUUAGGCAAAGUUGUUUUAUGAUUGGGACUGUUGUUGAUUACGCAUCAUUGACGUGUGAUUAAAAGUAACAUGUAGGUGUUCAUGAGUGUUUUUUUCGAAUUUGAAACAUGAGUGGUGAAAUUGUUGAUGCUGAUUGUAUAGGAUUUAAAUCCUCAUUAAUGAUGAACUCUGAUUCGGAAUUGACAGACACUAUAAAAUUGGAUUUGUGUGAUGAUUCCAAUGAUGAAUUAGAACUCCAACCAGAUGGCCUGAUCGAAGAUAACCUCAAAAAAGAGUAUGACGAAACAGAAGUUAUGGGAGUGUAUGCGAGUGAUAUAACAACAGAAUCAAAGUCUUCACCACUUUCAAAAAGCCGUUACGGGCGAAUUCACAAACCAAAGAUAGAUGAGGACUUCUUUUCGACCGAUAAGAAAGUUGGUGCAAUACUUGGGCUGAGCAUUUUCUGCACGCCGCAGAAAACCAGUGGCACCUCUAGCAAGACUUCUACACCCAGGAAGAACUUGCAGUCGCCCAGUGGAUUGGCCAGUGACAUCGCGACCACGGAUCUGGACACGAGCGCGGAAAACCUAUCCAGAACCUACAGGGAGCUAUGCAACAUCAUAUUCAGUCCUCAGACGGAGAACUUCAAAGGCUUCAGCAGGGACGUGAGUGGCGCCAUUCUGUCGAGUUUUAACGACAUGCCGGAGUGCAAGUGGAUGCCGGGAGAUCUGGCGUGGGCACGGGUGGGCAGUCACCCUUACUGGCCCUGCAUUGUCACCGUGGACCCUGCGGUGCAGACAUUCAAGAAGAUAGGUUUGCGAGGGUUGAGAUGUCGCCUGCUGAUCCACGUUCAGUUCUACGGCGACAAAGGUCGCCGGAGCUGGCUGUCGUCCAGCGCCAUGCGUGCGUACGAAGGCCUCGACGCUUUCAACAAGCUCUGCGACGAGAUGAUCCACAAGUUCAAAUGCAAGUACCGGAAGCUGCGUGACCCUUACAUAGUCAGGCCGUCGUCAAAACCAAAGUGGGACACUGCAGUGUGUGAGUCGGAAGCUGUGCACUCAUUAACACGGGAAAUGAGACUGCUGGACUUCAUUUCGAGGUACCCCAAAGUCCAAGGAGACGAGGUUAUUGUACUCAGUCCGGAGCAGGAAAGAAACGUUCAAGUGAAACGUAAAGCAGUUGUUUCGCCUGGGUUUCCUGUCUGGAAGAAGGCACGAACUGCCCGAGAGAGCGAAGGAGGUCGCUCCGUGCUGGUGAAGAAGAAGCUGUCGCUCUCCGACGACGCUGCCUCUCCGGAGAAGAAGAACAGGGUGCAGUCGUCCCGCGAGGACGUGAAGCCGCCGUCGUCUCCCGAGGUGCGGACCGUGUCGUCGUCGGAGUCCCCACCGGGGAGGAAGAAAGUCCAAGCCACUCUCGACCAGUUCUUCUCCGUCUCCCGGCCGGCCGCCGCCGACAGAAAGACCGACGAUCCUCCCAGGAAUGAGGCGCCGCCAACCGAAGAAACGCAGUCGGAGGAUGAGACGGUGCCCGGGGCUGAACCCUCGGGACAGGACGAACUUCCGCAGACCAGCAUCGCUCUGCCUGGCGUCGAGGAGGUACCGAGGCGAGAAGAAGAUGUGCUUGUGGUCGAGGAAACAUCCAAAGGAGAAACGGACGAACAGCUGGUGAAGGAAGUACCGAAGCAUGAACCGGACGACGUGGCACCCAGGGGCGACGUUCCCGACGGGCUGACUCCGAAAACCAGAAAAUCCCGCAGGCUCAAUUUGAAUUCGUCCGUGGGUGACGAAAUCCGUGUGAAGACCGAAGCUCUUCCCGUGGACGAUAGCUCGGCCGUCCCCAGCUCGCCGGCGGAGGCGUCCCGGAGGUCCGGGGACGACUCGGACGACGACGAGUGGCAGCCGAGCAGGCUCCGGGAGCGGGCGGGGCCCGGCGAGAAGCCCCAGGCCCCCGCGUCGCAGGGGGGGGAGGAGGCGUUCUACCAGUUCAGCCUGGUGCACACGCAGAUCGUGCUGGACGACAACCCGGGCUGGGGGCGGGACAAGGUGGACUCGUACGUGCGCAUGCUGUGGAACAACCUGGACGACGGGGACAAGACCAAGUACGGGAAGAGGACGGACGCGGAGAACAAGAAGAGCGAAGGCGUGAGGGCGGAGAAGCCGCCGAAGCGGCCGCACGCGCGGAAGAAGAAGGAGGUGGAGGCGAGCGAUGACGAGAGCAGCUCGUCCGCGAGCAGCGAGGACCAGGACUUCGCCAAGGGGGACGCCCCGAGCGCGCUGGCGUUCCGCGAGCGCAAGCCGGCCAGCCUGUUCCGCGGCAUGAAGAAGGAGAAGGUGUGCCAGGUGUGCGAGGUGGCCGGGGGCACGGUGAGGUGCAAGGGGCCGUGCCUGGGCGUGUACCACGCGGCGUGCCUGCCGGGGGCGGGCGUGGUCGCCGAGGCGGCCGUGUCCAGCGACAGCGGCGUGGAGGAGAGUGACUCCGACUCGGGGCCGUCCAGGGGCGACGCCGGGGCCAGCUCUGUCGCGGGGGCAGGGUCCCUGGGGAGGUCUUCGCACAGGGCGAGUCGAGAAGCCCCGCUCCUGGCCGCCGACGGCGAGUGGGUCAAGAGACCUGUCAAGAAGAAGUCGAGGGACGAGGACUCGGAAGAGGACAAGUCCGGUCUGAACUUCUUGUGUCCUAAAUGCGCGCAGGGCGUAACGCCACCUUGCUUCGCGUGCGGCAGGGAAGUCAGCGAAUCGGGAGAGGAGAAGAAGCAGCGCUGUAUCAUAGCGCAGUGCGGCAAGUUCUACCACCCGGGCUGCCUGAACCUGUGGCCCCAGGCCUUCAACAGCUGCAUCUCCCGCAGCGGGCGGCCGGACGACACCAACCUCACCUGCCCGCAGCACACCUGCCACACCUGCGCCUCCGACGAUCCCCGCAACUUCAACUCCCGCUUCACCAACGAGCGGCUGGUGCGCUGCGUCCGCUGCCCCACCGCCUACCACUUCGGCAACCACUGCGUGCCGGCCGGCUCCAUCGUCCUCAACAUGACGCAGAUCAUCUGCUCGCGACACUGCAACCCGCAGCGCAAGGGCAGCCACCACGUCAACGCCGCCUGGUGCUUCAUCUGCGCCAUGGGCGGGUCCCUGAUCUGCUGUGACCUGUGUCCCACUUCCUUCCACGCGGAGUGCCUCAACAUCUCGCCCCCGGAGGGAGGCUACAUCUGCGAGGACUGUGGCACAGGCAGGUUCCCGCUGUACGGGGAGAUCAUCUGGGCCAAGCUCGGCAACUACAGGUGGUGGCCGGCGCAGAUCGUGUUCCCGGACCAGGUGCCGGAGAACAUCGACAACCUGCAGCACAGCGAGGGGGAGUUCGUGGUGCGCUUCUUCGGCUCGCACGACUACAACUGGGUCAACCGGAGCCGGGUGUUCCUCUACCAGGAGGGGGACUCGGCGUACAAGAAGACGGGCAGGACGUCGGUGGACACGGUCUUCCAGCGCGCCGUGCUGGAGGCGCAGGACGCUCACAGGGAGCUGAACCUGGCCAAGGCCACCCGCGAGGCGGAGCCCCGCCAGGCCCUGAAGCCGCCCCAGUACGUGAAGAUCAAGAGCAACAAGCCCGUGGGCGGCGUGCGUGUGAUGGAGUGCGACCCGUCCAGCCUCGUGCCGUGCUACUGCGACCCUGACAAGGAAAGUCCCUGCGGUCCGGACAGCGACUGCCUCAACAGGAUCCUGAUGGUGGAGUGCAGCCCGUCCGUGUGCCGUGCCGGGGACAAGUGCAGGAACCAGCGCUUCGAGAAGCGCGAGUACCCGCCCCUGGUCCCCUACAAGACCGACGGCCGCGGCUGGGGCCUCAAGACGCUCGCCGACAUCAAGAAAGGUGACUUUGUCAUAGAAUAUGUUGGUGAGAUGAUAGACGAAACGGAAUACAAGCGCCGUUUGGAGAGGAAGCACUUGGAGAAGGAUGAGAACUACUAUUUCCUCACAAUCGACAAGGAUCGUAUGCUAGAUGCCGGGCCCAAAGGCAAUGUAUCCAGGUUCAUGAACCACUCGUGCCGCCCCAACUGCGAGACCCAGAAGUGGACGGUGAACGGGGACACCCGCGUGGGGCUGUUUGCGCUGGAGGACAUCCCGGCCAACACGGAGGUCACCUUCAACUACAACCUGCAGUGCGCCAGCACGGACAAGAAGCAGUGCAUGUGCGGCGCGCCCAACUGCAGCGGCUUCAUCGGCUCCAAGGCCAGCAAGGUCGUGGGCGAGGAGAGGAAGCCGCGCGCGCCCCCCAAGGGCAGGAAGAAGGUCCGGAACAGCGCGGCCAAGCAGAGCGGGGAGUGCUUCCGGUGCGGGGAGAGCGGGCAGGUGAUUGCCUGCGACAACAAGACCUGCCCCAAGAAGUACCACCGCAAGUGUGUGGCCCUGUCCGAGCCUCCCGGAGGCAAGUGGACGUGCCCCUGGCACCAGUGUAGCGUGUGCAAGAAGCAUCGCACGAGCAAGCGCUGCUCGCUGUGCCCCAACGCGUACUGCGCACAGCACGAGGAGGGGAACAUCCGGUCGACAGCCAAGGGGGCGUACUGCAAGGAGCACCAACAGGCAGCGUCAGCAGACGUAGGCUCGCCGCACUGCACGUCAAGAAUGUCUGCGGAAGGAUCCGAGGGCAGGAGCAAGCACAGGACGCCCGCGGAACAGAAGGCGGCGGCGGGCGUGGGGAGAGCCCCGCCCUUCGGCCGGACGAGCGAGACCCCGAGCCGGCGCAGCAAGGAGGUGGUCAUCAUAACCGAACUGAGAAGUGACGGGAGAAGCCCCGGCGCCGUCAGGAAGUCCGCGAGGAAGUCUCUGUCUUUGCACCAGGGUCCGUUCCAGGCAGAGCUCCUGAAGAGAGGAAUGAGUCGUGCAGACGCUGUUGCCGACGGGAAGGACAGCGGCGAGAGCGAGCGGGCAUCGUCCUCCGGCCCGGACGAGUUCCCCGACGAAGCGACGUACGCGUUGUCGUCGGACGCUUGCCUCGCGUUCCCGUCCGACGACGAAGCGUCCGGCCAGGGCGCCGUGGCCAGGGACGAGUUCUGCGAGUUCCAGGAAUCUCGGAGGAAAGAUUUGAUCGAGAUGCGCAGGGCCCAGUACAAGAGAAUCGGCCAGAAUGCCCCCGGAUUGUGUCACGCCGCAAGUCCGGGGACAGACACGAAAAGCCUGGAUGUCGCUUUAAGUCCAGUGCUUAGUUAAUUGUUUGUUAUUUGAUCUUUGUACCAAACUAUAAUAUAUUUCGCUGCAUAUUUUUGUGUGAUUUGUAUAUAUUUGGUAGCUGUUGCGCUAUUGUUGUUUUACCUCUCCCGUGAAUUGAUCGUUUGAAAUAUCAAAUAGUAGUUGUAACUUAUUUUGCGCUCUCAUGCAAUCGUGAAUAUCCAUUAGAUUGAUCAAUUACAUGUGUUGAGGAAAAACAAGAUCAAAUUAAUCUACUCAAUUAUACAUUAUGUAUAUUUCCAUAAAUUUAAUUAAAUAAGUUCAUUUGGAUAGAGAGCCAGUACCAAGAUAGGGAUUUACAGGAUUGAAUAUUAUUUGGUGCAAUUUCUCUGUUUUUUUACACAAUCACUUCCAAACAGAAACAGCACUGCAUUGCAAAGAGAACAUGAAAUAAAAACAAAAUAUUAAAAGCUUUACUUGGUUUGUUUUUCUACCAAUAUUUGUAUUUUUCUUUUCUCUUGUUCUUUUAUUUCUUCUCUUUGUAAAGCACAAUGCUGUUUAGGUUUGAAAGUGAUAUUGUUAAUAAAAUGUGUCGUGCCUUAUAAUAGUUCACCCUGUGAAAGCUAUCCCAGUGUAUGGCUGAGUCUAGGUAUACAACACAGGUUUUCUUCAUUUUACGCAUGAGAGACUACAUUAAAAUUUUAGACAAAACCAAUCAACGUAAAUCAACAGUAGCCCCCCUACCCCCUACCCCCCCAUGGAUAAUAUUUCACCAGUGAUGAUAAUGAAACACAUUCUGUAUAUUUGUAUGGCUUUAGCCUGAUUAGUUUGUAAUUGACUUUAUGCAAUUAUGUUUUUAUUGCAAAGAACACUAUCACAAUACUUUCUGUAUGUGUAAUUUAUUGCGGAUUUUUUCUUCUUCAUUGAAUCAGAAUGUGAUUAAACAUUGAUUACAUUUAGGCAUAAAUGUGAAAAAUUAUAAAUUAUUUGUGAUGGGUUUUGUGCUAUGUUUAUAAAAGUAAAAGAUUUUUAAGUUUAAAUAAAGUUUUUACUCUUAUCAUCUGGACUUACAGUGAAGCAUCUAUUUGUACUCUUAAGGACCAGGAAGUUACAUUGCCAAAAAAAAAAGGAAAAGGAAAUUAAUGAUGCUGUUACAUUUUUUCAAGCCACAGAAAACUGUUGUAUAGAAUGUUCAAUUCUGAGGGUGAAAGGUGUUCCACUGUAUAAGAUUUUUUUUUUAAGUGCACUUUCUUAAAAAACUUGCACUGGUUUUACUUUUUAUACAUUAUUGUACUGGAACUUGCAACAUAUACUGCCAAGAUUUUUUUUUUUUCCAUAUAAUAUAUAUGUGUUGCAAUUAUUGUAGGGUUAUAGUUAUUAGAGAACUGAAGUCUAAGUAAGUAGUACAGAUAUUUUCUCAUAGUGUGAUUUUAGGAAGUUUUUUAUUGUGUUCAUUUGGAAUUUUUACAUGAAACAUGUAAACAUGAUAAGUGGAAUUCUGUCUUUUUUUUCCUCCUAAAUUGGCAAAUUUAAAAUUAGAUUUUUUUAGAAAAAACUACGAGUGUGCUAUUUAAUUUCUUUAUGUACAGUUAUUAUAAAAUACAUAUAUAUAAAAGUUGGAUUCUGCAUCAUGGUUACGUUCAGAUAUAAAUCAGCCAUUUUGAAGUGCCGUUAAUGAACAGUAAGGUUAGGGUAUUUCUAAACAUUAUCAAUUCAGUUUUAUACUUUUGUAAUCAAUUAGUUCUUAACUAAUUAUUUAGCACAUGGUUUUUGUGUAGCGUAUAUGUGUGUUACGACAUCAAGAGUAAUCUUGUGUACCAUGAGAGCUGUCGUCUAAUUGAACAGAGGGUUAUUCCUGCGAUAACUGAUAAAUGUGUAGUAUGCCAUAGUUGUAUCUGUAGGGCCCCCCCUCCCAAAUGCACAAUUUUGUUUUCAUAUAAAUUCAGUGCAGUUUCCAUACAAGGAAAAUGUAUUAUUUUAUUCGAGGCACGCCUUGGGGCUCUCUCUACUAUGGAGUAGGGUGUGUUUGAAUGUCUGAAGGAUGAUAAAUUUGUGAUAAAUAUUGUCUGGUAGCCUGAAAUACAAAGAGUCUUUCAUUCUCCACAUGAGGUUAAAUGUGUACACGCAGUAGAUUUGUCAUAGAUGUGACAUUUUUAUCUGUGUAGUAAAUUGAGGAUGUGUAGGACGGUGUCACUAAUGAUGAUGGUUUGUUGGUGACUAGGACUUGGGAUUAAUUUAUAAAUUACAGGCUUUAGGUGACUAGAAGCCCUGUGCGGAAUGCAUCUUGACGUCAGGCUUCCAUAAAACAGUGUGGAUGUUACCAAGCCAACUAAGGAUGAGUUGGUUCAAUCAGAGUUCACUUUUGCCAAGUUAUUGUUUAGAAUAUCUGAUGGACUAAGCCCCAAAAUAAAUUUAUUUGCAGCUGUGUUACACUUUGUUCAAAAGCUUUUAAGUUCAGCUAAAUUGUUUAAGUUAUCACGUUUCAUAUCUACUGAGUGGCCUUAACUGAGACGAAAGCACUCAAAAGAUAGUCUUCUGUUGCCAAACCACAGUAAGAGAAACAAGACUGUUGUUUUUUUUUCCAGAGAAAUAAUAUUUAUAGGUAUAAAUUUUAGAAUCUAUGAUGGCCUGAGAAAUAGUUGGUUUAGGAAAAUUCAAAAUUUAAUAUUAGAUUGUUUCAAGGAUCCUGUUGGAUCUAGGUAAUGAUUUUGUCUUUCUAUUUUACAAGGUUUAGAAUACAUAAAAAUGGCAAAAUAUUUUUUAAUUAAAAAAAAAAUAUCACUAAGGAGCAUCAAAAUAUUAACUCAUUAGACUGCUAUAAAGUGUGCUUGUGCUAGCGAUUCUUCCCUUGUAAUUGGUGGCCGUCUGCAAGAGGGCAAGAUCUGGCUGUAAUUGAGAACUUCACAUUAAUGUUGCUUUGCUUGCGAAACUACUGGUGACGUGUGAGGGCAUAAUGAAGAAUGCUAAGUACAUGACUGAAUCGACUAUGAUUUCAAUGGCUUGAAGGGAAUUUAGGAUUUGAUUUUUUUUGCUUAAUUUUUCAAUAAGUUUUAAGAAAUUGUAAUAACCCUAUUGUACAAAGUCUCCAAUAAUUGAAAAUAAGUUACAGUAUGUAGUUGUAACUUUUACAAAAUAAUGUUUGCUUAAAACCCACGUCUAGGAUUUGAUUUUCCCAGUGAUGAGCGGAGACUGGGCUAGACUUCUUAGGGUUGGCAAUAGUUAUUGGGAAACUAUUGAAGGACAUUUGAAGUGCAGUUAAAACGUUUGUUUACAUGAGACUUGAGUUCGUAUGCUUUAUUCUGUCAACACCUGUAUAUGCCAGGUACUAAUUAUAUUUAGCUAGUAUUCAACAUGCUAAUUUACCUGUGUCAUAGCAAUUAGUGAUGUACCAAUGUAACUUUUAGUUUCAACAUCAGCAGAUAUGCUGAAUUUUUUUAUUUCCUAUAUGAUUGUUUCCAAACGAUACUUAAAAAAUUGAUACACAUGAAAAAAGUACAUAUUCAUCCAUUCAGAAGUCAUCCAUUUUUUUUCUGUUUACCUGCUAAUAGUUUGGUAGGCAUAUUUUUCUACUAUAUUUCUGUAAUAUAAUACUAUAUUUUAAUGUUGUGUUUGUUAGUCACAGGCAUAAUGUGUAUUGCACUAUGCACUAAUUAUAUGUGGUUAAGUAUUUUUUUAUCUACCAAAAAUCAUUUUAAUAAAGAAUUAUGUUCAAGUACUACCAUGUUACUUACAAAUCUUGAAUUUCUGGAAACUUGGCAAAGUGAUUAUUUACUAUAAAAGUACUGAACUGUGUUGGUUAUUGGAUCUGUAUCAGUUUUUAUCUGUAUCGUCGAUCACUAAUAGCAACUGCAUCUGUUAUUUUGACACACAUUACACUCCUACGUUACGUUAAUUUUAAUUGGUACACAUCUACACAUACUAAUAUUUUUAUGGGGUUCCUAUGUUAAUUGAAAAAUGCAUAUUUGUAUGCCUUAGUACCUAGAAACAACUGUUUGCUGGAAUGUAAAUUGAGUAAGAAUAUAAGCUAGGAAUGUUGGAUACUGAAUGAACUUUUGGGUGUAACUUUUGAAAUCUUGUUCAAUAGAGAAAAAUAAUUAUGGAGCAUAAUGCAAAUACAUGUGAAACCAUUGUCCAUUAGUUAUAUAAAAAAUUAUUAAUGUGAAAAUGAAACUGUACAGUAUUAGUGAAUAAUAUGCUUUUGGGAUGUAGUAGAGCAUUUAUUGUAAAUCCUGAUUGUGAUUUUUAAUGAAUUUUUUUUCUCUAUAAAAUAAAAGUUUGUAAUUUGUACAUACUGCAAAGUAUAAUAUUUGUAAGAGCAUGAAUUUAAAAAAAAAAAUUUAAAAAAAAAAGAUAUAGGAAAACGUGUACUACUUCAAAUGGUGGAACAAAUUAUUUUUACACUGACUUGAUGUUCAGCUUUCGAAACAAGUAACGGUAUUACGUAGUUCACAAACUGUUGUUUGAUUGGCUGUGUUCGUCACUUGUGAUCCUAGCAGCCAUACAGUGUACUGCAAGGAGGCGGGUAGUUUUGAACUCUCGACUCAGCAAUACAACCAUGGGAAAUGUGCUUCUAAAGAUGGGACGAAAGCGUACUAGUGUUUAAUUUGAGGCAGAGAUAGCUAAGAACCACGGGUAACCAACUACUGUUGUCCUAUUGAAGACACGGGUUAAGCCAGUAAAAUAUUGAAAGAGCACAUCCACUAAACAGUACUAAUAUUUCCCGUCUUGUGUGCGUGCAGUUUCAAGUCGAAAAACGUACCUACUGUUUUCCGUAUCUUUUUUUAACUUGUGUCGUCGAUAGCUUGUGGCCGGUUUUGUGACUUCUCUUUUGUCAGUUUGAGUAAUGCCUUCAAACCCUUUGCAUGGGCAUUUUAAGGGUCAAAGUGGAGAGAUGCUUAGUUGGAUCAAUGAAAGUAAAUAGUUCAUUAACUUCACACUAUUAUUUGGUUGUGUGAUAUAUUUAGGUGAAAAGAAAAUGCAUGGGAUACCACAGUGUAGUUUGUGUUAGUUUUUUUUUUUUUUUUUUUUUUUUAGAAAUGGGCAAUGAUUAUGUACAAGCUUCAAGCAAUUUUGUGCAAUUGACCUUGUGAGCAUCCAGAUUGAUUUCAGAAUAAAUGUAACAAAGGCAUCUGAUGACAAGUGAACCGUUUCAGUUAUUGACUGUGGCCCUAAUUUCCUGUAAUAAAAGAAAGUUGAUUGUUUUUUCAUAAAUGAAAAUUCUGUGAUCUUAACUUGUUAUUGCAAUGAUGCAUUAAAAAUUUUGUAUAGAAACUGUGAAACUGAUUGCUUGUGCAAGCAGUAUAACAUGAUUGUGGUUAAUUUAUAAGCUCAAAUAAUGGGAUAAUCUUGAAUGGCGAAUUAAAAAGAAAUUGGGAGACUGCCUGGUGAAGUUAUUUCGAGAACAGUUAUAGAAGCUUGUAAAAUGAUAGUACACGCAAGAAUUUUGCCAGCACUGACUUGUGAAAAAGUGAUACAAUGCUAUAUUACUAUUCUGAUUUUGUUACCAUGAACACCAAUAAAAUGAAUUUUGUCCAAGUA